CCCUCUCUCUUGUACGCAUGUCUUCCUGUCUUCCUGUCUGCUCGUGCUAGAGGACGUUGGUGUCACAGAGAGAAGAGGAGCUGUUUAAUCUACAUUCAGUUAAUAACCCUUAAAGGAAGAAGACCAGUAACAACCACCAUGUUUGUCCGCACCGUGAGACCCGCAGUGAGUCUGUCCCGCAGCCUGUCCUCGUCCUCCCGCUGCCCGGCCCGGGUGGCGGUUCUGGGAGCGUCUGGAGGGAUCGGCCAGCCUCUCUCUCUGCUGCUGAAGAACAGUCCUCUGGUCAGCCAGCUGUCUCUCUACGACAUCAACCACACUCCCGGUGUAGCAGCAGACCUCAGCCACAUCGAGACCAGAGCCACGGUGACCGGCCACAUGGGCCCGGACCAGCUGGACGCGGCUCUGCAGGGCUGUGACGUGGUGGUGAUCCCAGCAGGGGUCCCGAGGAAACCCGGCAUGACCCGGGAUGACCUCUUCAACACCAACGCCACCAUCGUGGCCACCCUGGCUGACGCAUGCGCACGCAACUGCCCGGAAGCCAUCAUCUGCAUCAUCGCCAACCCGGUGAACUCCACCAUCCCCAUCACCUCAGAGGUCAUGAAGAAGCACGGCGUCUACAACCCCAACAAGGUGUUCGGGGUCACCACGCUGGACAUCGUGAGAGCCAACGCCUUCGUGGCCGAGCUGAAGGGUCUGGACCCGGCUCGGGUCAACGUGCCGGUGAUUGGAGGUCACGCCGGGAAGACCAUCAUCCCUCUGAUCUCCCACUGCACCCCUAAAGUAGAGUUCCCCGCCGACCAGCUGGCCGCGCUGACUGGACGCAUCCAGGAGGCCGGCACCGAGGUGGUGAAGGCCAAAGCCGGAGCCGGGUCCGCCACGCUCUCCAUGGCCUACGCCGGCGCCCGCUUCACCUUCUCCGUCCUGGACGCCAUGAACGGAAAGGAAGGCGUGGUGGAGUGCAGCUACGUGAGAUCCGAGGAGACCGAGUGCAAGUACUUCUCCACGCCGAUCCUGCUCGGGAAGAACGGCAUCGAGAAGAACCUCGGGAUCGGCAAGCUGACCGCCUUCGAGGAGAAGCUGGUCGCCGACGCCAUUGGCGAGCUGAAGGGCUCCAUCAAGAAGGGCGAGGACUUUGUGGCCAACAUGAAGUGAACGUGUUAGGGGCGUUGAGUCAGAUUGUAAUUUGUUUCGUCUUAACUUAAAGGCGUCUGGGUAAAUCUCAACAUCCGUCACAGUGUUUCUUCUUCUGGUUUGUGUUCUGGCAGUCGGGUCAUGUGGACUCAGAAAUCCUGGGUUUCAACCGAUGUAUCAUUUCCCCUUUAACCUGUUCAGACAUGGCUUCAUCUCGCACUAUGUUUGCUGUACUGCUGUGACUUCUAUCUAUAUUUUGCAAAAUGUGAAAUUUAAAAACAAGACUUUAUAUUUUCAUGUACAGUCUGUAUUAACGGGGAUUUCUCUGCUUCCAGAACGAGGAGGGAAUACUGUCAGCAUGCCUGUUGAUGCAAAUAGAUGUUAACUGAUGAGCAAAAUAACUCUCCACCAAUAAACAGUUUAGCUUUAAAACAUGA